AUGCCGCCAUCAGCAAUCUGCUCGCAGAGAAGAACCGCCUGCACAAAAACCUACGUAGACCACCCCACUGACGACAACAGAGCUGCCUUCUACCGUAGUCGCCGCCUUGAGCUGCAUCGGCUGCGUGAGAUGCAGGACGCUUGGACGGCUCGCAAGUCCGAGGAAAUCCACGGGUACGCGGACCGAAACAAAUGGAAGAACUUCUUCGUCGCAAUAGAAGCUGUUUACGGUCCAGCGAUUGAAACAACUGCAUUUAUUCUCAGCGCCGACGGCAGUACUCUUCUCACCGAGAUGACAUAAAUUCUUCAGCGGUGGACCGAUCACUUCCGAGGCGUCCUCAACCGCCCCCCCCCCCACCAUCUCCGACGCCGUCAUCGUCCGUCUGCCUCAAGUAGAGACCAACGUCGACCCCGACGUCCCGUCCUCUCUCCACGAAACCUGCAGGGCCGUGCAAACGCUCCCCAGCGGUAAAGCGCCUGGAUCGGACGCGAUCCCUGCUGAGAUCGACAAGCGCGGUGGUCCCCAACUCAUGGAUCAUCUGACGGUGCUCUUCCGGGAGAUGUGGUGUGAGGGAGAAGUCCCACAGGAUUUCUAA